CUCCAGCUCUGCCAUCAGCUGCAUGACUGGGAUAAUGCUUGUCCUGACCUGAUGUCACAGCUGGAGGGGAGCACAUCAGCCACUGAUGAGAGUUGGAAGAAUCCAGGGGUUUCAAGUUUUGAGUAGCGGCCGUCUUACAAGAUUACCACACCUAAACUGAAAAGGCAGAUGCAGCUCUGAGUACCAGAUGGGUGUGUGCACUGCAUGUACAUGAAAACGCACAUGUUUUUGUCGUCACGUAGACUUGCUCUGGCAUAUUCCUGAGAGCUUUGCAAUUGAUGAAAAUUAAUUUGAGAACCAGAUGGAGCACCUUCGCAGCACAGGAAUCAAUAAUCCAUGGAAAGACACCUGCCAGUAAUGUUCAACUUUCCACAUGGUCUUCAUGGGUGAAAAAAAUCUGCAAGAAGAGAAAGAAAAAACACCCUCUGUGCAGAAAAAAGCCUAGUAAAUACCUCCACAAUCUAAAUCGCUAUCUGUGAGGGAAACAGACGAAUCAAGAGGGCAGAGGAAUAAUGUAUGAUCUUUGGCACGUUUUGCAUUGGGCUCAGUAGGUUGUGAAUGGACAAUAAAACGUGACCUUCUGCUGAGCAAUGAUGACUGGAAGUAAAUAAGUUGAGGAACUAUGGGACAAGUCUGGGCAUUGAACUGAGCAAACCUCGCUGUCCUUGAGUUAACCAGGUCAUCAAACUUGCAUAUCCUUUCUCCUUCUCCUUUUUCCUCUUUUCACUUAGUGUGAUAUAAAUACUAGCUAAUUGAGCUCAUAAAUAUUAUUCAAAUAAAACGAUUGGAAUACUUCAUAUGUUUCCUUCUUGUACAGCUGCAAAUGUUGUGUCUGGAACUAUGAAUCUGUGCUGUAGACAAGCAUCAAGAAGGAAAGAUCGUAUCAAACAAGCAAGGAAAAUACCUAGAGAAAUUGUGAACCCAGGAAGUCAGAUUUUUAAUGCUGCUUCUCUUUCUUUUUUAGAUGAUUAUAUUUCUUCCUCCCUUGAAUUUUAGAAGAUUUUGAGAGAGUGCUUACUUGAUGUGCUUUAAUUCUGGCAUUGUUUUUUAUGGUAGAAUGAAAAGUCUGUGAUUCCUUGUAGCAGAAAAAAAGGGAAAAGUAAAGGAAAAACAGCUUGACAUUUUAGCCUGUUUCACAGGAGAGAGAACUUCAUGGUUCACCCGAGGCAAACUUAGUUAACUUUGAAAGUUAAAAGCUUUUGAGCAUUUUUGAUUCUGCUAUAAAUGAAGAGGGGGUUCUUUUUCAUUCGUGUGUGGCAGCAAAAAGUGGGAAAGCAGGCAAGAUAGCGUGAUAAACAGUUCAGGCUGUGUUGGGUCUCUGGUGGAAAAAAAGUGCUGCGAUGAAAAUUGGAUUGGCUUUGGAUUGCAAAAACUUUUGAGUCCAACGAGCGGUUCAGUACCAAGAGGGAUUUCCCAACUGGCCUGGCACACCAGUGCCUGCACAAGUUCGGGUCUGUUGUUUCACACGGUUCGUGUGCCUUUUUUUCCCUUUAUGCAAUCUCUUUCAGCUUUAGCAGCAGAAAUACAUCAGAUGGAAAAGAUAUGCCAGAGGGCAGCUUGGAAAAGAGGAAUGUCAUAUAUAUACAUAUAUAUGUAUGUGCGUGUGUUUAAAUUUCUGCAACUGAACUUUUGAAGAAAAUCUGACUGGAGGAAAUUUUAAAAGCCUUAAGUUACUUGAAACCUACACAUUUGCAACUCUUUGUCUCUGGAAUUGCAUUACGCUAAACUGGAAUCUCAGGCUGAAUAAAGAUUAUAUCAAGUUGAGCAAAAAGAUGACUUAACCAUUUCUUGAGCGCCUCUUAUGAAGUAGCUGUUUCUCCAAAGGAUAAGUGCACCCCCACUCUACAGACUCAAAACAAAAAUGAACCUGAAUUUUUUUUUAAGUGUUACUUUUUCUUAGCCAACUGCCAUCAUCUUUUAUAGAGGAAUUUUUCACUAUGCAUUUGGUGGAUAUUUAUAAACACUGACCCCAUCCUCCUCCCUUUCAAUGAUCUAUCCAGGUCAGUCUUAUCAAUAAAAAAAAAAAAAAAUUGAUUUAAAUUUUGUGCACUAGACAUAUUACUUUCUUAUGUCAAAAAAUAAAAUAUUUAAAAAGCAUGUAUGCAGCAGUGGAACAUGGGCCUGUUCUUUGCAGCGAUUCCAACAUCCUCUGCCUCUCCUGGAAAGGCAGAGUCCCCAAAAGUGAGAAGGAGAAACCAGUGUGCAGGAGGCGGUACUAUGAGGAAGGCUGGUUGGCAACGGGCAAUGGCAGAGGAGUUGUAGGCGUCACUUUCACUUCCAGCCAUUGUAGGAGGGAUCGGAACACCCCUCAGAGAAUCAACUUCAAUUUGAGGGGCCACAACAGUGAGGUUGUGCUGGUGAGAUGGAAUGAACCAUUCCAGAAAUUAGCAACCUGCGAUGCAGAUGGAGGAAUAUUUGUUUGGAUACAAUAUGAAGGCAGAUGGUCUGUGGAGCUUGUGAACGAUCGUGGGGCACAGGUAAGCGACUUUACAUGGAGCCAUGAUGGGACUCAGGCACUUAUCUCCUAUAGAGAUGGAUUUGUGCUGGUCGGUUCAGUCAGUGGACAAAGACACUGGUCUUCAGAAAUAAACUUGGAGAGUCAGAUCACGUGUGGCAUAUGGACUCCAGAUGACCAACAGGUACUGUUUGGCACUGCUGAUGGACAAGUUAUCGUCAUGGACUGCCAUGGGCGAAUGCUGGCCCACGUGCUCCUCCAUGAGUCAGAUGGCAUCCUCAACAUGUCCUGGAACUACCCCAGCUUCCUGGUGGAGGACAGCAGCGAGAGCGACACGGACUCCGACGACUAUUCCCCACCACAAGAUGGACCAGCUGCCUAUCCAGUGCCAGUGCAGAACACCAAGCCACUGCUUACUGUCAGCUUCACGUCAGGAGACAUCAGUUUAAUGAACAAUUAUGAUGACUUGUCUCCUACUAUCAUCCGCUCAGGGUUGAAAGAUGUGGUGGUACAGUGGUGCACACAAGGAGACCUGCUUGCAGUAGCAGGCAUGGAGAAGCAGAACCAGCUGGUUGACCUCAGCAAUGGUUCCCUGCUGAAAAGCGCACUUGUCAAGUUCUACAACGUGCGGGGGGAACAUAUCUACACUCUGGAGACACCUGUGCAGCGUCCCAUCAUCUCGAUCUGUUGGGGUCACAGGGAUUCGCGCCUGCUGAUGGCGUCGGGGCCCGCGCUGUACGUUGUCAGAGUGGAGCACAGGGUCUCCAGCCUGCAGCUGCUGUGCCAGCAGACCAUCGCCAGCUGCCUGCGGGAUGACAAGGAUAUCAGCAAGCUGACCCUCCCCCCUCGGCUCUGCUCGUACCUCACCACUGCCUUCAUACCAACAAUCAAGCCUCCAAUCCCAGACCCAAACAAUAUGAGAGAUUUUGUCAGCUACCCAACAGCUGGUAAUGAACGGCUUCACUGCACCAUGAAGCGGACGGAAGAUGACCCAGAGGUUGGUGGUCCAUGUUAUACACUGUACUUGGAAUACCUUGGGGGACUGGUGCCCAUUCUGAAAGGACGUCGUAUCAGCAAGCUGCGGCCGGAGUUUGUCAUCAUGGAUCCUAAAACAGACGGAAAAGCAGAUGAAAUCUAUGGAAACAGCUUGAUUUCCACUGUGAUUGACAGCUGCAACUGCUCUGACUCCAGCGACAUCGAACUCAGCGAUGACUGGGCAGCAAAGAAAUCUCCAAAAAUCAGUCGAGCUAGCAAAUCACCUAAACUCCCCAGAAUCAAUAUAGAAGCUCGCAAAUCUCCAAAGAUGUCACGAGCUGCACAGGAGAUCUCAAGAUCACCAAGGUUACCAAUAAGGAAACCCUCUAUUGGUUCUCCAAGCCUGACACGAAGAGAGUUUCCUUUAGAAGAUAUUACUCAGCACAACUACCUUGCUCAGGUCACAUCUAAUAUCUGGGGAACCAAAUUUAAAAUUGUGGGUUUGGCUGCUUUCCUACCAACUAACCUUGGUGCAGUAAUAUAUAAAACCAGUUUGCUGCAUCUGCAGCCCAGGCAAAUGACAAUAUAUCUCCCAGAAGUGCGGAAGAUUUCAAUGGACUACAUUAACAUGCCUGUCUUUAAUCCAAACGUUUUCAGUGAAGACGAAGAUGAUUUACCAGUGCCCGGUGCCCCCGGCGCGCCCGCCAGCAGCCCGCCCUGCACCGUCAACAUCCCCAUCGCGCCCAUCCACAGCUCGGCGCAGGCCAUGUCGCCCACGCAGAGCAUUGGCCUGGUGCAGUCGCUGCUCGCCAACCAGAACGUGCAGCUGGAUGUGCUGGCGAACCCGCCGGCCGAGGCGGGGGCCGAGGGCCCGGGACCCUUCCCGGGGGCUCCGGGCCGCUUUCCCGGCCCCGGGGCGGGGGCGCUGGCCGUGGGCGAGCUGGGCCGCCCGGCCCCGCCGCCGCUGGCCCCGCCGCCCCCCGCGCCCCCCGCCAUCGCCCUGGCUGACCUGCGGGACCACGGCGACCGCGAUCAUGAGCCCCCGCCCAAGGCCAAGGCCCCGCGGCCGGGGCCGCCGCUGGUAGAAGGGGACGCCGUCAUCUUCGGGGCCGCCCCGGAGCUGCCGCUGAACAAGAUGAACCCGCCGCCUCCCUACCCCGGCACCAUCCCCGCCGUGCCCGCCACCCCCCUGCCGCCCCCGCCCGGGCCCCCGCAGCCGCCCCUCGAUCUCUGCCUCAAGAAGGGCGAGUUCUCCCUCUACCCGGCGGGGCACUACCAGACGCCGCUGGGGUACGAGCGGAUUACGACGUUUGACAGCAGCGGGAAUGUGGAGGAGGUGUGCCGGCCUCGCACCAGGAUGCUCUGUGCCCAGAGCACCUACACCCUGCCGGGCCCCGGCAGCUCCGCCACCUUGCGCGUCACAGCUGCCGAGAAGAAGAUGCAGCAGCCCUGUGCCAGCGCCACCUUGAACCGGCUCACGGUCCCCCGUUACUCCAUCCCAGCCGGGGACCCGCCGCCCUACCCUGACAUUGCCAGUCAGCUGUCCCAGGGCAGAAGCGUGGCGCAGAGGCUGGACAGCAGUAUCAUUCAUGCUACUCUGCGCAGGAACAGCAGAGAGGCCGCCCUGAAAAUGGCUCAGCUGAUGGAUGGUCAGAGAGCCACCUUGCAACUUCCCCCUAAGGCCAAGAGCAACAUUGUGUCAGCACAGUACCAGCAGAGAGUGCCCACAGCCUUGUACACCUGCAGCCAGUGCAGCAGUGGCGGCGCUGGCAGCAGCAGCGGUGCGAGCGCUGGUGGCGCGGGCAACAUCGCUAGUGCCAAUGCUGGUAGCAGCACUUCCAGCAUUGGUGGCAUGAGACCAGAUCUGAGCACAGGGAGCGGCUCCCAACACAGCUCUGUCAUCGCUCACUCUGUCAGUACUUCACCUCUGGCCUCCCAGUCCUCCUACAGCUUGCUGAGCCCGCCUGACAAUUCCCGUGACCGAGCGGAUUAUAUCAACUCCGCUUUCACGGAGGAUGAGGCCCUUUCUCAGCACUGCCCAGUGGAGAAAUCUGUACGGCACGUACCUGUGUCCUUGACAGAGGCUACCCUUAGUGUAAAACGGCCACCGCCGUACCAGUGGGAUCCUAUGGUGAGCGAAGAGAUAUGGGUUCCUCAGGAAAGGACAUCUCAGAGCUCAGUGCCCAACCCUCUAAAACCUCCCCCGCUCAUCAUUGGUCAAGCUCAACAUCUGGAUAUGUCUCGAGUGCCAUUUGUUUCCCCCAAGUCUCCAACCAGUCCCACUGCCACUUUUCAGACGAGUUAUGGGGUUGGAGUACCUUACCCAGGAAGUUACAGUGCCCCACCCCUUCAGGGAAUGCAGGCCCCCUGCUCCCCCAAAGAAGCUCUGGCCCCAACACAGUUUGCACAGCAGGAGCCCACAGUUGUGCUUCAGCCAGGUUAUUCAUCCAGCCUCCCCUAUUGCCCGUUGCCGCCCAUGUACCCGGGAAGCAGCACUUGCUCUAGUUUACAGCUGCCACCGAUCGCCUUGCACCCAUGGAGCUCCUACAGCACCUGCCCACCCGUACAGAACCCCCAGGGCACCUUGCCCCCCAAGCCGCUCCUCGUGGUGGAGAAGCCGGUGAUGUCUCCCCCACCAGCAGAGCUGCAGGGCCACGUGGGCACAGAGGUAAUGGUGGAGACGGCAGACACUUUUCAGGAGGUGCUCUCCUUGACAGAAAGCCCGGUUCCUCAAAGGACAGACAAAUUUGGCAAGAAGAGCCGGAAACGCCUGGACAGUCGAGCCGAGGAAGGAAAUGUGCAGGCUAUCACUGAGGGCAAAGUCAAAAAGGAGGCAAGGACACUGACUGACUUCAAUUCACUGAUAGCCAGCCCUCGGCUGGGGAGGGAGAAGAAGAAGGUCAAGAGCCAAAAAGAUCAGCUGAAGUCCAAGAAACUAAACAAGACAAAUGAGUUUCAGGACAGUUCAGAGAGUGAGCCAGAGCUUUUUAUCAGCGGAGAUGAACUGAUGAACCAGAGCCAGGGCAGUAAAAAGGGUUGGAAAACUAAAAGGAGUUUGAGGACAGCCAGUGAGCUGGAUGAAUUCAAGUGCCGGAAGGCCAGUGAGAAGGAGGAUGGGCGACUGGGAAGCCAAGGCUUUGUGUAUGUGAUGGCCAACAAGCAGCCACUGUGGAAUGAGGCAACGCAAGUCUACCAGCUGGACUUUGGAGGGCGAGUCACCCAGGAGUCAGCAAAAAACUUCCAGAUUGAGCUGGAAGGACGACAGGUGAUGCAGUUUGGAAGAAUUGAUGGCAAUGCUUACAUUUUGGACUUUCAGUAUCCAUUUUCUGCAGUGCAAGCCUUUGCUGUUGCUCUGGCUAAUGUGACUCAACGCCUCAAAUGAAAAAGCAGAGACUGGAGAGAGGAAAAUGUUGACCUUCUCAUAAAGUCCAAACCGGAAAAUGUCAGGGCAGCCUGCUUUAGGUGUGCAGAGAUGCCUGGGAGUUAAGAAGGCAGUAAAACUGGAAAAGUCUUUUGGUGCCCACCAGAAGGGCAUUAACUCUAAUCAGUCACGGGGUGGAGGGUGGGGGGCUGUUUUCUGUUUGUUUGUUUGUUUGUUAGCUUGUUUGUUUUCUGGUUUCUUUUUCUUUUCAAGCGUUGUGCUGGGUCUCAGAAAGAGCGAAGGGUUGAGAACCAUUCAGUGUUACGUGGAAAAGUGUGGCUUUUGGCUUGUUGUGGUGGUUCUGCUGUGUGUGCUACAGUAGCUGAUGUAAGCUCAUGGGGGAAUUAAAACAGACUGCUCUUUUUGAUAGACUGCCUUAUCUCAUGCUGUUCUUUUUAAAACAGGGAACAUGACUUUUUUCUAGUCCAAUUUGUACUUCUACUACUAAAACAUCAGUGAUGGCAGCAAAAAAGUAAAAAAAGAAAAGAAGCUAUAAUACUUGAAGACAUGUGUUUCUUCUCUGAUAUUUGCCAAUAACUGAGCACCACAGGUUCCAAGGAGGCUUUUGUAGGUAAACAUUUAAUUUUUAAACAGUGAUGUGUUACUCAGAAGAGAAGAAAUGGUUCCAGCAGGUGUUUGUCAUGGUUUAGGAGUGGUAUUCUCCAAUUUAAUCUUUCCACUGAAACACUUCAAACCAUGCACCACUUGCUCACUGUCCCCUCCCCUUUUCCCUUCCCUGAGGUAGGAUGGAGAGGAGAAUUGGAGGCACAAAAGGUAAAGAUCACAGGUAGAGAGAAGAACAACUUACUGCAAACAGCAGUGAAAUAAGGAAACAAACAGUAACAGCAGCGAUGUUAAUAACAGAGUGCAUGAGAGGCGAAGGAUUCACACGCGUGUGCUCACCACAGGGGAGCCUCUGCCAAUACCUGACUGUGUUGCCUCACUAUGGGACCCCUUCCCAUGGCCCCAGAAAAUAGUCGCAGGUGGUAUAGAAUAACCUCUGGGUUCUAGCCAUGCCCUCUCCUUGCUACUGCAAAAAUUAACUCUGUCCUGAGUAGAACCAGGGUUUAAAAACCCACUUUAUCAAAGAAGUUGAUGUCUGCUUGUUUUGUGUGCUGUUAAGGAGGAUAAACAUCUUCCAGUAGGUGACAGAAAACUGGAGAGGAAAUAAUCAUGAGCGUUGCUUUUUUGUUCACAUUGUUCAGCAGUAUUCUAUGAUUUGGCCUGUGGCUAUGAGAGGUACAGUGUGAUCGGAUGUACCUCUGAGGCUGUGCCUGUGCUUGCUCCUCAUUUCAGUGUGUUUAUACCACAUAAACAAAGCUUUUCCAGCAAACAUAAGACCCAGUGUAUUCAGUCCUCUUAGCAAUCAGUAUCAAUCAAGUUCUACAGCAGUGCUUGAAUUAGGAGGGAGACAGAAGUGUAGCAAGUCAUUACAAGAAGAAAUUUCAUCAGGGAAGCAAAUUCAUUGCAGGAAACAGCAUCAUUGCUGGCUGGAGGACAAAUGAGUUGAAAGAGAAGGGAAAAAUUGGUCAGAAUUAUGUCUUUUGUCACCCACCUUGCUACUUGCUGCAGCUAAGAGCAGGAAGCCAGUGUCUACAUGGAGUGUGACAGAUGAAAUCUUAAUACCAGUAGUAUGACUCUGCAGUUCUCUCUGGUGCAUAUGUGGACAUGUUGAGCAUUUCACAAGGUUGCUUGCACAGAACAGUUUCUUUGUUGUCCGUGUGUUGUGCACAUGUUUACUUUUUCGUCCUUGUCAGCAGUUUGCUACAGAAUAUGUUUUGAUAUGGAAGUAGUUUGACUGGUAAUAUACAAACCCCCAAACUAUUAAUAUAAUUAUUUGGACAUUAGAUUACAAAAAAUCAUAGCAGAUUUUUGUAAAAAUCGAUCUUUUGAAGUUAAAGGCCCGCUGGGAAAGAUUUGCUGGUUGAGAUGUCAACAGCUACUUUGUCUUUCGUCCACGGUUUGGCCUUUUUACUAGAAAAAAUCUGUAUAACUUAAGAUGAAUGCGUGUGAUUUUCUGUCUUUGUUUUUCUUGAGUCCUAGUAGUAGGGCUACAAAUGCGUGUUGCAUUUGAUUUAUUCUAGAGGAACAUUUCACAUAAGACCCUGCUGUAGUAGAAAUUACCAAUAUGCAGUGAGCUUUUAACUUGUGCCCUGCUGAGGUUUCCAGAGCUGGACAGCACACAGGAGCAAUGCCAGUAGAGAAGUUUCAGCGAAUUGCCAAGGGAUAGAUCGGAUAAUGCUCCACAGGUUAGGUCCAGGAAAAACUGCCUGUGAGAUGGUGUUGUUGGAGGGAGGAAGGAGAAGUAGGAAGGAAGGAGUGGGGCAGUAGAUAGUACCAUGCCUGUAUUAUCCCAAAGCUUUGCAGCUUCUGCUUGUGUGUGGGAGUGGUCAGGCUCAACAUUACCCUUGGCAUCUAUCAGAUUGUUGUUUUCUUUAAUUAAUUAGUUUUGUUUCCUUUAAUUGUCUGGGCCCACUUGUCUUCUUUUUCAUGUGCUUCAUUUAUUCAGCAGUUAGAUUGCCUGUAUGUAUAAUGUGUGUGGAGCACUGGAACUGAAAUAGAUUUGGUUCUGGUCCCUUCAAAAUCGAUGGAAAUGUUUCACUUGCUGAUUUUUUAUUGAGGAAACACUAUUAAGUUCUUUGUCUGUAUUGAGUUAUAUACUGUAAAAACAGGAGGUUGAAUUCUUAGUCCACUGAUUCCAGUACACGAGGAGGGAAGUUGGCCGAUGAGAAGCCUCACCUACCCUAAGGUCUGUGCUAAUCAGCUGUACCCUAAUUAGUGUUUGACAGGCACACAGUGAACGCUGUAAGACAAGAAACAUACCAGGGCUGGCUUGUUUGCUUGCUGAGGGAAGGGCCACUUAGUCAUAUGUCAGAAAUACUCAGCUGGAAGAACAUCACCAGCCAAAAUUAUUAGGAUGUGGAAACAAUGUGAAUGUUAUUCUCUGAAGAAAACCUAAUCUGAAUAAGGACUUCUGCUUGCAGUUUCUUUAACCUUCCAGGGAAGAGUAUUCCAGUUCAUUUUGUUCAUUGCCAAAUUUUGCCCGUUACCAGUAGUUUUAUUCUAAUGGAGAACCAAGAAUUGAAACCAACAAAACAAGUAACAGAGUUAGUUAUUUGGUUUCAUUGGUCCAGGUCAUGACUGCAUCCUUCUGAUGGCACUCACAAAGAGCCUUGGCAUAGAAAGAGCUCUGGUUUCUGCCCCAGCAAAGAACAAGGGAUAAUUACCAAAAAAUUGGGAAAAUAAAUGCUAUUUCCAACAUACUUUCCAUUUACUUGUCAGAAAAUUCUAUAAGAUAAGGUAGUCUUUUAUCUUUUUGAAAAUAAUUUAACCGAGUCUCUUUAAUUAAAUAUUUUAAUAUGUAGAGAAUCCCCAAUAUUAGAGAGAGAAAAUGCUCUGAAAUAUAUAGAAUUUUAAUGAAAGGAAUGGUCAAUACAUAGAAAUCUGAGUGUGCAACUGGAUCCUAAAUUAUAAAAAGAACAAGUGAAAGUCAUUUUAUUUUCAUUUGAGAUACAAUAUAGGAAACAAAUGUAAGAAUAUCCCCACUUAUUCACUUUAAUUGUGAAGACUGCUAUUGUAUUAAGCCAAAAGAUCGAUGUUAUAUUUUCUAUUUUGUUAGUAAAACCCAAUUUUUCUCUAGGUAACUUAAGUACUUCUAGGAAGAAUGUAGGAAAGUGUUCAGAAAUAUCUAGUUCUUUUAUACAUGCAGUAAUUUCUAUUAAAAAGGAUGUUACGGAUGUUUUUUUCCAAAACUUUUUUUUCUUCAGUUGUGCAAUAAUUUUAACAGUCUAGGGAGUUUGUUUUGUUUCUGUUGGGUUGUUUUUUUGUUUUGUUUUAUUUAGGGUUUGAUUUUUCUGUAGGGAGUUUUGAGUGGUUUUUUGAAGAUUAUUUAAUGUAGAGUUCCUGUUAAUGUCCAAAAACCAUUUUUUUUUUUUUUUGCAUAAUGUAAUGAGUGAUUUAGGGAUUAUUUUUUUAUUAUGUAUCAGUGAGUUAUACACACUUAUUUAUAUUUAAAGACCAUCUUUGUAAGCAAUUUUUUGCUAACAGUUAUAUUUUGCUGCAAGAAAUUAAAAAUGCUUAUAGGAAGACCUGGUUUUGCUGGAUAAUAUGUAAAAAAUUCAUAAUGCAGGCAAAAAUAUUUUUUGGCAGCUAAACACAAUGAGUUUGCAAUGGAGAACUGUGCGGACUACAAGGAGUCUAGGUGAGUUCUUUGGCACCUGCAGAAAUCUGUCCUCUGUUUUCUUCCUCUAUUUGUAACUAUACUCUGGUUGGGAGUAGCUUAAAAAGUAGAAGGCAUGGUUUGCUUUUUCUUGAGGUACAAGAUAAGGUGGGUUACAUGAUAAGAGAGGGUGUAAUGACACAGGCUGCUUGUAAAAGAGGUCACUGUAGUUUAGUAGGAUUUGGCAAUGGCAUCAUUUUAUGCCAGGUGGAGGUACAGGCAAACUAGCUUGGAGUAAGCUGAGCACAAGGAAUAGUGUAGCAGUUUCCUCUGAAGCAUUUUCCUCUGCUCAGCCUAAAAGUGCUCCUUCUGCAGCUGAGCUCAGCUGGUUCCAGCACUGCCACAGUGCUUCUGGCAGGUGCUGCAUGGAGCUCAUGGAGCUGUGCCCUGAUGUUGCCUGCAGCAGCUUUGCCUCUUCAAGAUGCUCCACAGGAGACCUGUUGGAGCAGGUGUUCCUCCAGUCAUCCUUCUAGGUCUGCUCCAAGAACAGCAUGAAGCUGCCAUGGAUUUUGGCUGCAGCAGCUUUGAGCAGAGAGAGCCCUGAUGCCAGCCAGCAGCCACGGUGUCCAUCAGAAGUCAGAAUCUGCUAUGCUGGAGUUGCAAAGGGAUUAAACCAAAAACCUGAUAAUUUUGAAAAAAUAGUGGUGAUAUCCUCAGAAUAUUAUUAUCUACUUAAAGUCUGGCAUAAAUGGAGUAGCAAAAUUUAGCUUUAAACAGUAAGAAUACAGAUUUCUGCAAUACUAUGAGAAGGUGGGGGGUAACAAAGGAAAGAAAAAGGAAUGAUCACAUUAGCAAUUUUGCACUCAGUUCCAGAGACCAAGGUAGCAUGUGCCAUGGGCUGCCUGAAUAUCAGUAAAUCUGCACACAGGUUUAUCUCAGUUACAAAAGUUUCCUGUGAUGCAGCCACAAGUAAAACAGUGAUUUUAUGAAGAUGCAUGAAGGUCUACAUGUGUCAGACAAGGAUACCAAACUUUGCUGAAGCCUUCAGCCUAAACUUUCCAUAGAUCCAGGCUUUCCUUGGAGUGUCUUUUUAGUGUCCUCUCAGAAAUUACAGAUUUUGGAGCUUGCCUGAUUGUUGCCUCAGACAAUUUCUGUGCAUUUGCUUUUUGCAGCCUGAUGUGUGUGAUCCUAUGUUACCUUGGUGCCCUCUUACCUCCCAGAAACAUUUUACAUCCUCAUAUAAAAAGAGCAGCAAGUGCAAAAACUGAUUUGAUUAAAUGAAAGGGGAGAGAAGACACAGUAAAUUUUCAUUGAGUUUUAAGAAUGUGUUUCCCAGGCAGCAGUUAGGAAUUGCAUGUCUGCAGGGCCCAAAUUACUCCAGACCAGUAAAUCAGACUUAGAGAUUGGUAAGAGAUGAGACCCUUGUGUGGCAUGCUGACAGAGGGCCAACUUCCAGCCUCACUACAUGGUUACACCAAGAUACAUAAGAGACCAGAAUGCAAUCCAAAAGGUACUUCCCUGUUACUGUGUGAUUAUAAGGUAAAAAUGACUUGUAUGACCCAUAUAUAUCCACCCAAGGAAAUUAUAGGGCAUUAGCCAAUAGCUGUGUUGACAGCUCAGUAUAACCCCCCCUUGAAGAAUGCUAGAAGUAAAAUCCUGGCCACAGAAUAGUCAUUCAGAUUUUUGACUUUUAUUCCUGGACAGGACAGGAGGGCAAGUUAAGGAUGUUAUUCAGAGAUUGGCAUAAUAGUUUUCCCAGUGUAAGAGACCAAGUCACCUAUACUGCUUACAAAAGUGGGAAAAUUCUAGUAGACAAAUUGUUUUUUGUGUUCAUGUCUCUUCCCCUUCAAGGCACAAACCUUCAUUAGUAAAUACCAAUUUAGAGUCUUGCUGUCCUUGGGAGUAGUCUGCAGGGAGGCACCAGAGGUCCUCUUUACAGGAUUGGAAUUUACACGCACCGUUCUCAAAGGAAUAAAAUUAAUUACUACUUGUGAACAAUGGUCUAUAUGAAUUAUUUUGUCUUUGUAUUUAUUUAAUUUUCUUCUUAAGAAGCCCUACAGAGAUGUUUUUAAGAUUGAAGGACUGCUUUCCCUAUUGCCUGAUAUUACUGAAGAUAUAUCAGGAGUUUCUUUGGGCAGUUUGAUUGUUGCUGCAUCUAGAAAAGUGUUCAGGCAGAAGCAAUUAAUGAAACAAAAGAAUGAAAUAAGAUUCAGUGAAGCAAUUCUUGCUAAGAAAAUGAAAAGCUUUACCCUUUAACUUUCGAUUCUGCAAAUGAAUAGGUAAUGAGAAAUUUUUGUUUCAAGUCAAGUUGAUUGUUUGGGAGCACAAUGCAAGUGCACUGGUUUGCUGUCAUAGAGCUGACUGCAGGAUCAAGAAAACAUAAUUUUGUGAGACGAAAUUAAAUAAAUGAAAACACCAAAUACUUACCUAUCCAGAAUGUUCAAUGAAAGUUUAGAGGUGUGAUGUCAAAGCCUGCCAGUCUGUUCUUAAUCCUCUGGUUUACAGUUUUAAAAUGUGGACUGAUUCAGCAAUUCUAAAUCCUGACAAAGGUUGUCUAUUUUUUUUAAAUUUUAUCUGAAUGGCCAAGUAGAUGGCAUAAGAUACAGAUAAAGAUUAAAGUAAUAAUGAAAGAGAAGCAUUUUGGAACAGUUUGUAGACACCUGAGUUUCAAGUAUUUCACAUAAAUAAUGCUCGGCCAGUAAUUCUUACCUAUGUUGUUUGAAGCUAUUUGUUCAGAACUUUUCUAACUUGCCCUUUGUUUUUUUUUAGUUUGCUAGAUACUUGAUUUGCCUUUGAUUGUUUUUCAUUUCUGUUUCACUAUUUCAGCAUUUGCUGCUUCUUUUUCUGUUUGUGUGUUGUGUGUUUGGGGAAGGGUCUGUUCAAGAUCUCGUUGUUUAUUGUAGAUAAAAUAUAUGGUGUUGUGGAAUAGCAUGGGGAUGCAUUCGACUGAAAAGGCACUGUAGUGUUUCCUGAAAAAGAAGGGGAGUUGCAUUUGUUUAUAAAUGCAUUAUUUUGGUACUAUAACUUUAAAAGUGAUUUGGGAUUUUUUUACUUCUUUUUUUUUGUUUAGUUUGUUUUUUUUAAUUUUUCUUUUAAAUUUAAUGAGCAUAGAGUCAUGCAGGUGCAUGCAUUCUUAAGUGAGCAAGCCCAGCAUGUUUUUCUUAAGGCUUUUGAAAAUUUGGUACACCAUUUGUGAACUUUACCUACCUAGACUAUUUUUAAUUAUAUUUUUUUGAAUCUCCUUUUUUUUUAAUCCUGACUAUACCAUGUUAUACUUAGUUUCCAUUGUACUUAAAAACUACCCUGAUUUGCCUCUCCUUUUAUGUAUCUUGUGAAACAGAUGUUGCAGGAGGUGCCUAGAAAGUAUUGUUGGCCCUAUAAAAGUGUGGUUUGUCCAGAUUCUUUACUGUCUACAUGAUUGAGAGAUGGACUGAUUGCCCUAUUUUUCCUUGAUGAUUUGGAGUUGUAAGAGUUGUCCAGCUGUUGCUUAAUAAAAUUUUGCAGACUAGAAAGU